AGAAAGGAGAAGCCGUCCUCCCACUCCUCCCCCACUUUUUUUCUCUUCAAGUUACCCAAAGGCCUAUGUCUUAUUCUCAGUGGCCCCGAGAAUUACUCUAAUUCAGUAAAGAUUUUCUGAGGGAAGAGGAAUGGUGAAGUACUGUCCAGACCCCAAAGUCACUUUUUAAGGUGUUCAACAGAAAAGCUCCAAGAGGGGGACUUCAAGAGACAGCAGUUUAGAAUCAGGCAGAACUGGAUUGCAAAAUUUGUGGGCCAGAGCGUUGUGUGUGCAGAGAAAAUGCUCCUGAGAAGACAAUCAUAGCUUUCUCAUAAAUGAAGCUACAACUGUUAUGAUUUAGUGCCCCCCAUAAGAAGAAUUGAGUGGACAAGAAAGGGCAUUUCCGGGGUAGUAAAAUGCUUGAGGCCUGGAAUUAAACUUGAGUCACAUCUGAAGGUAUGGUGAGGACAACAGAUCAGGAGACUGUUGCCAUUGAAAAGAUAGUUUGUUAUUCACAGUUAUCAAGAAGAGAGAGUCAUGACACACGAUGCACAGCCAUAGAGAAGAACACAAAGCUAUUAAAUAAUAGAAGAAAAUGGAAUUGAAUAUGGUGUCAGCAUGGAACAGCCCAAUGAUUCAUUAAGAGUCGACCAUAAUGAUGGUGAAGAGUCAAAAACAGAUGCCCAGGCAUUUGAGCAUCUAACCUGUGUGGACUCCAGAGAUCCUUCCUUUGGACAAAAUGACUCUCCUACAGUUUUGCAUGUCACUACUCCUGAAGCAAAUAAUUCACCGACAUCACAGAAAAUACCAGAGCCCGUGACUCAGACACCGACUCUUUCUGCAGAGCAAUUCCAUCUACUGGACCAAAAUGGGCAAGCUGUUCAAUAUGAACUUCAGUCACUGGGGGAUUCUAAUGCACCAAUGAUGAUCGUUGCCAGCCCAUCAGAAAAUGGACAGGUGCUUCGUGUAAUUCCAUCUAUGCAGACAGGAAUGGCGCAAGUGAUUAUACCUCAGGGGCAUCUUAUGGAUGUGAAUAGUCCUCGGGAUGUCUCUGAAGAAAAACCCAGUGACAGAAACUUACCAACUGUAAGAGUGGAUGCUCUAGCAGACAAUACCAGUAGUUACAUUCUUCAUCCGCAAGCAUCCCUCUCAUUGCCCAAAAAGUCAGUGACCAGAAUGCUUGAAGAACCUUUUCUGGCUCCUCUUCAGCCACUUUCUUCUAACACACCUGUAUGGGCCUGCCGUCUUAGGAGCUGUGAGAAAAUUGGAGAUUCAUACCGGGGCUACUGUGUAAGUGAGACUGAAUUAGAGAGUGUCCUAACAUUUCACAAGCAGCAAACACAGAGUGUUUGGGGAACUCGCCAGUCUCCAAGCCCAGCCAAGCCUGCUACACGUUUGAUGUGGAAAUCCCAGUAUGUCCCAUACGAUGGAAUCCCAUUUGUCAAUGCAGGGAGUAGAGCCGUGGUAAUGGAGUGUCAGUAUGGGCCAAGGAGAAAAGGUUUCCAGUUAAAAAAAAUCAGUGAGCAAGAAAGCAGGACUUGUCAGCUCUACAAAGCCACUUGUCCAGCCCGGAUUUACAUUAAAAAGGUACAGAAGUUUCCUGAGUAUAGAGUUCCUACAGACCCCAAAAUUGACAAGAAAAUCAUCAGAAUGGAGCAGGAGAAAGCCUUUAACAUGCUAAAGAAGAACUUGGUAGAUGCUGGUGGUGUUCUUAGAUGGUAUGUACAGUUACCUACACAGCAAGCUCAUCAGUAUCACGAGUUAGAGACUUCCUGCCUCCCUUUGUCACCUUCUGCUUUUCCUAUGUCUUCUCUUGAAGAAGAGGAAACUGAAGUUAGAGAUGAGAAUUGUGUACUACCCUCACGUCUACAUCCUCAAGUAGCACAUAAGAUUCAAGAAUUAGUAUCACAGGGAAUAGAACAAGUGUAUGCAGUAAGGAAACAGCUAAGAAAAUUUGUUGAAAGGGAACUGUUCAAACCUGAUGAGGUACCUGAAAGGCAUAAUUUAUCUUUUUUUCCAACUGUAAAUGAUAUAAAAAAUCACAUCCAUGAGGUACAGAAAUCCUUGAGAAAUGGAGACAUGGUAUAUAAUUCAGAGAUUAUUCCAGCAACGCUUCAGUGGACUACAGAUAGUGGGAAUAUUCUCAAAGAGGCUGUGACAGUUACAUUUACAGAAGGUAAGAGUGCUAAGAAUGAAGAAAGGUCUCAGGAAAGGAUGGAGGAAAAGGAUGAAUUGGGUUUGCAGUUACAACCAAGAUUUACCUCUCCUGAUGGAUUACCGGCUCUGAUAUCAGUAAAUAACCACUCCUCCUCCAGUCCUUCAAGACUUCUGGAUUCAGUAGGAAGUGCUGUAAAUAAUAAUAAUUCUCUACUGCUUGGUCAAAGUCAUAGCCUUCAAACAGAUACAUGCCUAACCCAAAACAAUAGUACUGCAUCUACCAUGGGUAAUCUUCAAGGACCAGAUCAAAAUCUAGUUGCCAUGGAUCAGCUGGUGGAAGUUGGAGAUGUUGAAGAUACAGGGAAUCUGGACAGAAGUGUUCAUCAGAUUCUGUUGGGAGAUGUGCAGACCAUUCCAUUACGGAUUAUAGACAACCACCCAACUCUUAUUGAAGAAAAUCCAGAAGGUACCAUUUCAGUGAGCCAAGUUAAGCAAGAACCUAAAGAACCAGCAUUAUCUAUGGAAGCAAAAAGAAAUUUGGACUGUACGAAAUUAUUUGCUACAUAAAUUAUUGAAGCCUUUCAGAAUAUACAGCUCUGGUGACCUCUGAUGUCUUAGAAAAGAAGGUGAAUAUUGCCAAAGCACGACGUUGUGAUAACUGGACUGAAGACUGGUUUGAUGAGCAGCUUUGAUUUAAAACUCUGUUGUCAAUUCUAUAUUUUUACUUUCCUUAAGAGAUAUUUUGCUCUUCUUAUUUUGUAUAAUUCUUAUGCUUUUUAGUUAUCUAAUAAGCCAGUAUUUCAAAAGCUUGUUUGGACUUAUCCACAGUAAUAUAGUUAUCUAACUCAUCCUUGGAAAUAUACAGUUCUGGCUCUUACAAGACAAAAAAGAACACCAAUAACAAAAACUGUAGAAACUGGAACUAUCAAUAUUUUCAUGUAAGUAUUUCAAUGAGUAACUCUUUAAAAAUGGUUUCUAAAUGAGUUCUUAAAAAUUCAUUUGCCCUCUAAAUGCAUGUUUAGUCACUAAGUAUCAGUAUUGUGUUUAAAGGUGCUUAGCAUUACUUUUUUAAAACAAUGUUUACAUAUUUAAAAUGUUUAAUUAUUUUUUAAAUGCACAAUGUAUUAAAUACAAGUGCAUAAAAUUUUCAGUACCUAUAUUUGGCAUUCUCCUAGCAGCUCUACAGCAAAGAUUGACAUACUUUCUUUUGUGUCAUGUAUUACAAGAUAUAAUAUCUGUAGUAGUGAGUUGGACAUUCAAAAUAAACAGUUAAAAAUUCACAAUUACAGUUUAGCUUGUUUCUUCAUUGUAGUUUUCAUGUUUCAAACCUCCAAGUGAACUUUAUAUAUACUACAAUGAAUUAUAGAUAAACAGAACCAUGGCAGACCUUUCCCUCGAUAGCAAUUUUCUCUAUAAGCAGUUAGUAUACUUAAAAGAAAAAGUUUUUAUAUGUUAUGCAAGGUAAAUGUUUCCUAAAAGUCACAGAAAUGAUAGAAAACCUAGGUUUGGGGAUCUGGUUCUGCAUUAGAGUUUCUAGAUUUGAGGCCCACCAGCUUGUGUUUCAUCUUUAUAUCCUGUCAAAAUACAUACAUAAUCAUGCGGAUAUGAGAAAGAUGUUGUUUAAUUUAUACCAGGUUUAAAAAGAUUUAAAAUGUGUAUAUAUAUAUUGUAACUUAAUGUAUAGUGUCCUUGUUAUAAUGUAAUUUUUUCAUUAAAAAAUCCUGUGUUAUUUUUUUUCGUAUA